GUUAGCCCUAGCUUCCCUCCUCUCUCUCUCUCUCUCUCUCGGACGUUGGUCGUUUUCUUCCUCUUCUGCUCCUGGGCUUGACCAAGCAACUAAAAUCUCUCUCUCUCUCUCUCUCUCUCUCUGGCGAUGGAUUUUGACGGAGAUGGAGAAGAGUUCUCGAGGCGGGUCCAAGUUCGCUUCAUCACGAAGCUACAGCCUCCUUUCAAGGUUCCAAGCACUUCCAUUGCUAUCCCGUCUAAUCUCACUCGCAUGGGCCUCUCGGCCAUCGUCAACAGCCUUCUUCUAGCUGGAAAUGCUGAUUGGAAAGCUGAACCAUUUGAUUUUCUGAUCAAUGGAGAGCUAGUUCGGAUGUCCCUUGAAGAAUUUCUACUUGCCAAGGGCAUUUCGGCGGAGAAAAUUUUAGAAAUUGAAUAUGUAAAAGCUGUGGCCCCACGGAGAGAAGAAGACCCAUCGUUACAUGAUGACUGGGUCAGUGCUGUCGAUGGCUCAAAUCCUGGGUUCAUUCUGACUGGGUGUUAUGAUGGUCUAGGAAGGAUAUGGAAAUCUGCCGGAUUGUGUUCACAUGUAUUGGAGGGACAUGAUGCGGCGGUUACUUCUGUUAGUAUCAUCAAGCCAAAAGGCCUGGAAGGUAGUACAGAUAUACGCGUAGCCACUGCUUCUAAAGAUAAGACAGUAAGACUGUGGAAGGUAGAUGUAGAGGGGUACUCAGAUCAUUCUACAAAAGUUAGAGCUUAUAAAAUUCUGCCUGGCCAUAGUGCAUCUGUACAGAGUGUUGCAGCGCAGCCUUCGGGAGAUAUGGUGUGUUCAGGUUCUUGGGACUGUCAGAUCAAUUUGUGGCAGACAAAUGAACUUGAUAAAGGAGGUGAUCUGGUGUCAAUUAAGAAGAGAAAAAAGGGUAACGGAGAUGAGGAAACUCAAUUGCAGGGAGAGUCCGUGUCUACACUUGUGGGUCACACACAAUGUGUAUCUUCCGUGGUUUGGCCGCAUAAUGACACAAUUUAUUCUGCAUCAUGGGAUCACUCUAUUAGAAGAUGGGAUGUUGAGAUGGGCAAAGAUUCGCUGAACAUGUUUUGCGGGAAAGUCAUCAACUGCCUUGAUGUCGGAGGCGAAAGUUCUUCCCUCAUUGCUGCUGGCGGCUCUGAUCCUAUCUUAAGGAUAUGGGAUCCUCGCAAACCAGGAUCUUUGGCUCCUAUCUUUCAGUUUUCAUCUCACACUUCCUGGAUAUCAGCUUGCAAGUGGCACGAUAAGUCCUGGUUUCAUUUGGUUUCUGCUUCCUAUGACGGAAAAGUUAUGUUGUGGGAUCUAAGGACUGCGUGGCCUCUGGCAGUCAUUGAAUCACACAAGGACAAGGUGUUAUGUGCCGACUGGUGGAGAGGUGACAGUGUGGUCAGCGGCGGGGCCGACUCGAAGCUCCUCAUUUCGUCUGAUAUUUCUGUGCAAUGAUGUGGAGAUAUAAUGUAAGAAAUUCUAAAGUAAUGAAGUGCGCGCCACAAUUGAUCACCAAAAUGUAAGACAGUUAACUUUUUCUGAAGAUGGUUGACAUUGGUGAUCAUGUUUCCGCUAUUUGUUUUCAUGAUAAAUGAGGGCGAGGCACGAGGACAUUGACUUCCUUUCGUCGGAGCAUCCAUAUUUUUAGCCAGUUUUGUUCAAUGCGCUUCUAGUUAGUAAAUCAGUAGCCUUUUUUUGUAAUUCUCCUCCUGUUGAGUGUUGAUGAGUCUUGUUAUGUACUUUCUUGAUAUCCGGGUGCAAAUUGUUACUAAUGUUUAUUGCAUUCAGUAUUAGCCAAUGCUAGAAUUUGAUGUCUCGUGAUGUGAAA